UGAUCAGAAUGGCAAGUCAUUUGAAGGAAAAUAAGGUGGCUCUCAUUACCGGGACCACCUCUAACUUGGGAAUUAACAUUGCAUAUCGUUUAAUCGAUGAACUUCCACAAUCGACCAAUCUUACGUUGAUUGUAACAUCUCGAACUCUACCAAGAGUAAAAGAUGUUAUUACUGAAAUCAAGGAACAUACAAUUAAGAAAUACCCUCAGAGAUCUGGUCACUUGGAAUUCGACUACCUUUUACUUGAUUUUACUGAUAUGGUGUCAGUCUUAUCAGCUUAUUACGAUUUGAAUAAAAAAUUUGAAAAAGUCGAUUAUUUGUUUGUAAAUUCAUCACAAGGUUCCUUUUCUGGAAUUGAUUGGAUGGGUGCCGUCAAGCAGAUUAUGGAGAGUCCUUUAGAGGCCGUUACAAACCCAACUUAUAAGAAACAACGCGUGGGGGUUAUGACUAAUGAUGGAAUGGGUCAAGUAUUCCAGGCUAACGUGUUUGGUCCAUAUUAUUUGAUACACAAGAUAAGACAUUUACUUAAAGGAGGUAGAAUUAUUUGGAUUUCUUCCAUAAUGUCUGAGUCCAAAUACUUAUCAUUCAAUGACCUCCAAUUAAUAAAAUCCCCGGAGUCCUAUGAAGGUUCUAAAAGAUUAAUCGAUUUGUCUCAUUUUGCUAGCUAUAAAACAUUAAAACGAAAUAAUGAUAUUACUCAAUACUUGGUUCAUCCAGGGAUUUUCACGAGUUUUUCGUUUAGUCAAUAUUUGAAUGUCUUUACUUUUUAUGGUAUGUUAUGCCUUUUUUACUUGGCUAGGUUCUUUGGUUCUCCUUAUCAUAAUAUCGAUGCUUAUGUCGCAGCAAACGCUCCCAUAGUAGCUGCUCUUGGGGAUGAAGAUCAAUCGAUAAAAUUGGGUUCUUUAUCUGGCAGAAGUGGGAAAGAGUAUUUGGCUCGUGAUGAGAUAGAUACAACUGGGGCUGAAGAUAUCGUUGCCUACUUGGACAAGCUUGUAGUUGAAUGGAAUGAAAAGUUUAAAGACCAAAUUGUUAACACUCGUCAACCUUAAUUUGAUUAUAUACAUAUAUAGUUAAUACAAUACUACUACA